AUGGCAGGUAUGACCUCCACCAACACCAAGAAGGAGACAGUCGUACAUUUGGGAUCCUACAUACGCGUCUACAAUGAUGGUUCCAUUGAACGUCCCUUGAACAUCCCAAGAUGUCCCCCUUCCCCCGAAGACCCAGCAACUGGUGUCUCAUCCAAAGACAUUCUCUUCUCAAAGAACCCUUACCUCGCUGCUCGGCUUUUCCUUCCAAAGCUAUCUCAAUCCAAUCACAACCACAAACUCUCCAUCUUGGUCUACUUUCAUGGCGGUGCUUUUUGCUUUGAAUCAGCCUUUGCAUCGCACCAUGUCAAAUACUGCAACCUUUUAGCUUCUCAAGCGAAUGUUGUGAUUGUUUCCGUAGAGCACAGGAAAGCUCCGGAGCAUUUUCUCCCAACAGCUUAUGACGAUUGUUGGGCUGGUCUCUACUGGGUUGCAUCCCAUGCCACCGCUAACCCCACCAACAGCGACCCAUGGCUGAUGAAUCAUGGCGAUUUCAACAAAAUUUUCAUAGGAGGUGACAGCAGUGGUGGUAAUAUUGUUCAUAACGUUGCCAUGCGUGCUGGGGUUGAAGCUUUACCCGGUGGUGUGAAAUUAUAUGGUGCUUAUCUUAACCACCCCUACUUUUGGGGUUCAAAGCCAAUUGGGUCUGAACCUGUUAUGGGGUUCGAGGAGACAUAUCAGUCUCUGAUUUGGAACUUUGCGUACCCUUCUGCUCCUGGUGGGUUAGAUAACCCCAUGAUCAAUCCAUUGGCUCCUGGGGCACCCAGUUUGGCUACACUCGGGUGUUCUAAGAUGCUUGUUACUGUUGCUGGCAAGGAUCACCUGCACUUUAGGUACAGAGCAGUGUUGUAUUAUGAAGCUGUGAAGGGGAGCGGGUGGAAAGGGGAAAUAGAACUCUUUGAAGAGGAAGAAGAGGAUCAUGUUUAUCACAUGUUCAAUAUGGAAACUGAGCAAGCCAAGAGAUUGAUAAAAGUUGUGGUUGAUUUUCUUCGUAUGACCUCCACCAACACCAAGAAGGAGACAGUCGUACAUUUGGGAUCCUACAUACGCGUCUACAAUGAUGGUUCCAUUGAACGUCCCUUGAACAUCCCAAGAUGUCCCCCUUCCCCCGAAGACCCAGCAACUGGUGUCUCAUCCAAAGACAUUCUCUUCUCAAAGAACCCUUACCUCGCUGCUCGGCUUUUCCUUCCAAAGCUAUCUCAAUCCAAUCACAACCACAAACUCUCCAUCUUGGUCUACUUUCAUGGCGGUGCUUUUUGCUUUGAAUCAGCCUUUGCAUCGCACCAUGUCAAAUACUGCAACCUUUUAGCUUCUCAAGCGAAUGUUGUGAUUGUUUCCGUAGAGCACAGGAAAGCUCCGGAGCAUUUUCUCCCAACAGCUUAUGAUGAUUGUUGGGCUGGUCUCUACUGGGUUGCAUCCCAUGCCACCGCUAACCCCACCAACAGCGACCCAUGGCUGAUGAAUCAUGGCGACUUCAACAAAGUUUUCAUAGGAGGUGACAGCAGUGGUGGUAAUAUUGUUCAUAACGUUGCCAUGCGUGCUGGGGUUGAAGCUUUACCCGGUGGUGUGAAAUUAUAUGGUGCUUAUCUUAACCACCCCUACUUUUGGGGUUCAAAGCCAAUUGGGUCUGAACCUGUUAUGGGGUUCGAGGAGACAUAUCAGUCUCUGAUUUGGAACUUUGCGUACCCUUCUGCUCCUGGUGGGUUAGAUAACCCCAUGAUCAAUCCAUUGGCUCCUGGGGCACCCAGUUUGGCUACACUCGGGUGUUCUAAGAUGCUUGUUACUGUUGCUGGCAAGGAUCACCUGCACUUCAGGUACAGAGCAGUGUUGUAUUAUGAAGCUGUGAAGGGGAGCGGGUGGAAAGGGGAAAUAGAACUCUUUGAAGAGGAAGAAGAGGAUCAUGUUUAUCACAUGUUCAAUAUGGAAACUGAGCAAGCCAAAAGAUUGAUAAAAGUUGUGGUUGAUUUUCUUCGACAGUGA